AUGCCACACUGUGGUCAUGCCACUGAUACCAUCUGCAAGCAGCAAUGGUACACUGAGGCCAGGCAGCUGGCACCAUCUGCGAGCAGCCACGCCGUGAUGGCGCCAUGCCACUGGCACCAUCUGCAGCCAGUCAUGCUAUGCCAGGGCCAUGUAGCUGGCACCAUCCAUGAGUGGGCAUACCACAGUGGGGCCAUGCUGCUGGCAUCGUCCACCAGCAACCAUGCUGUUCUGGGGCCAUGCCAGUGGCACUAUCCGAAGCAGCAGCGUCAGUACUACCAACAGCUGCCACUGCAGGGGCCGUCUCCCAUGGUACCCAUGAUCGCACGCGUGUGGGGCGGCGCGGGGGCGGACGCCGAGUGGACGGACGUGCCGGUGACGCCCCUGACCACGUGCCGGGACCUGGUGGACUGCUGCCGGGACCCCGGGGACGAGCCCUGCACGCUGGUCGAGGUGUCGAUGGGACACGAGCGGGCGCUGUCGGACUCGGAGCGCCCCCUCGAGGUGCUGCAGCAGUGGCGCGGCCGCGGGCCCGUCAGGCUCGUGCUGCGCUACACGCUCGACCACGACCACGACCGCGAGCACGACCUCGACCUGGACAACCAGAGGCGGCUCAGCCCCCACACGCCCCUCCCGUCACAAGUUUUCCUGAAUUAUUGA